AUGACGAAUGGACCCGUCAGAAGCCUCCGGUUCGAUUUGAUCCCCGCACAUCUUGAUUUCGGGACCGUCAAAGUUGAAGUGUCAACACUUGGGCUUUCGGCCGAUUCUUUGGUGAUUGGAACGACGUUGCGUACCUCGACUUUGGAGAGUGUUUCUUGUCUGGCUGUGGUUGGACAGCAUGUCGCUUGCGGUCAUUUUUCCGGACAUCUUGUUGCCCUGCGUCUUCCGAGCGGGAAAUCGAAGAAGAUUGAACAAUGCUCCGAACGAGAUCAGCACCGCGGUGCCGCACUCCGAUUUCUUUGCUGGAACGAUGCAGGCACCGAGCUCAUUUCCGUAGACGAUACAGGAGUGGCCAUUCUAAGCCGCCUCGAUUUUAACAAGAAAAACUACGUGCACGCAUUUCUGUUUUGCGGGCCUUCCCCAGUUCGGGCCUUAGACUUCCGCUUUGAUCAGGCGAUGUUCUGCACGGAGAAUAACGAGGUGAACGUUGUAGAUGUGGGAACGCUUGAUCAAUCCUUGGUUGGAGAACAGAAUUGCAAAAUCCCGGUGGUCAGCUGCUUAUGGACGUCGGAUGGGAAGAUGUGCUUGGUUUACGAGAAUCUACACAUAUUUAUCUAUGAAAGCGAAAAUCUGGCGGUAGCGGUGAAGACGUACGAUUUGCGCGAGACGUUGUCUGCCGCGUACACCUCGGAAAUCAGUGUAAACGGUAAUGCCUUGGCGACAGCUUGGGAAGAUCCAGCUAGUGGCCGUCUGAUCGCGUCUUCGAAUAGCCAUUGUUGUCUGAUGACCGAUCAACGGCAAUUGAUCUUUUUGGAGAUUGGCGAUGAAUUGACGGUCAAAUUGGCAUUCGCUAUGGAUGGGCGAGAGAUAAUCGCCGGCGUGAUGGAUUCCGAAGAAAUAUUUCUGAUCGGCCCUGGGCGUAGAGUGUCUCGGAUUGGAGCCACGCGCAAUAUUUUGAGAAUGCCAUCGGUGGAAGAAACCUCAGCCGCAGCCCGCCCGACCCUUUCAUCAAUCGUCGAUUCUACAUCGAGCAUCCUCGAGCGCGUUAUCGUGUCCAAUGACAAUACACGGCGUGAGAUUACGGAAACAAUUGGAGGCAUGACCAGCUCGAUCACCUCAAAAAUUGCGCCGUCGCUGAACACGAUCGUCGAAAACUUCCGGCGCCACGUCGACCACUCCACUUAUGGGACAGCUGAGGGCCAGCUAAUCGCAGAAUCGACAGAAACGAAUAGUUCCUGCGGAAACGAUAUUGAAGUUGCGGAGGAAAUAGGCCACGACACGAGUGUCGUCGUCGUACGAAGGCAUUUGGGAGCUGGGAAAAAGAAGAGGAGAAGAAAGAUGGAUGGAGAAGAAGAUGAGGAGCAAGAAGAUGAAUCUAAUCGAGAGGACACGUCCAGCCCAUUAUCGAUCGACGCUCGGGAUCGAUUGCGUGACGUUAGACAGCUUGUAGCUCGCAUCGGCUCUGGCCAAAGCCUCGAUCCUCCCGUCGGAUCGCCUAUCCCAAUUUCCCCACGACUCUGCACGACUGCAAGCAGUUACUCGCCAAAUCCGCCUGAAAAUGCAGCGUCCCCGGGAUCCGGGGUGGUCGACGAAGAAGAUGAUGAAAAGGCAGAAAGCAGCGAGAGCGAGGAGUUGGCUUCCUCGCUGGACGCCGUCUUCGAAAGGAAUAUCAGCUUAGCGCAGCCCGUUGAAGAGCCCCCAACCUGCCUCGGUCUAAACGAUGAAGCCCCAAAGAAACUUGAGCUUCAGAAGGAAAAGCUCGACAAGGCGGUCAUUGUCAAUGAUUUGGUUGAUAUCUGGACGGAAAUAUCACUACCCUAUACCCCGUCAUCACUCUCCGCAAAUGGGGAAACGUUUUUGAUGUGCCACAGGAAACGCCAUCCAAGAUGGGUCGCCAUUGACAAGUUGAAACGAAAGAAUACCGAAUGGAUAGCCGCCCAAUUCCUGGCCGACCAGCUGGAAACGAGCGAAAACGGCGGUUUUUACUGGCGCGUGAGAAAAGGGAUCGCUCAGAUGUGCAUCGAGUUGACGCCGAAUGCCGUCUGGAUGGAUGGAGCUCCAAUAGCUUCAGCAUGCGCGCUCGCGAGUAAAGAUGCUUGGUAUGUGACAGGGGAUACGGUUGCUGUGAAAAUGGAGCUUCCGGAGGAGGGAUAUCAUCACGAGAUGCCCUGUGAAUGGCCAAUCAGAAGUCUCUCCGCGACACGUGACGCCGUCUGGGCGAUACGCGAUGAUACGGGCGAGAUGGUGGUGCGUGUCGGGAUGAAUAACUGUAGAACAGGCACCGAUUGGGUCUCACUCGACAUCGAGAUCCCUGGGAAACUCGUGGCGGUGAAACUGGUGGAGACCGUGGGGUUCUUAUUGAACGAAUUUGGAAAUCUUUGGAUGGUAAAAGGAGUCGACGCCUUCCACCCCUACGGUAAUGGGGACAGCUUCAUGUCGGUGUGCACACCAAUGGCUGGCAGAAAGGGGUUGCCUCAUCCGACACAAUGGAGAAUGACCGCUUCGACACGCGGGUUAUUUAUCACGGCCGGAAGGAUGUUGUUCGCGUCGCGGGUUGCUGUUUCGGGGCAUCGAUUCCCGCACGUGAUCCCACAAAAAUUGCGACAUUACGAUAAAUUUACAAUGCUGGCCGCCGGGGCGUUGGUGGAUGAUAGUUCGACACACGGUGUUUUUGCCUGCCGCCCCAACAGCGAGCUGUUCGGCUUUCGGCCGGCCCUUCAGACCUUCGCAACGACGACGCUGCCGCUGGCAAAUGGCCAGACGAGUACGGUAACGUCCGUAGCGGCGAUCCCGGAGCGGCUUAUAGCUCUCGAUAGCUGCGGGGCAUUGUCGGAGCGCCGGCUAAAGGGCAGCGAUUUGGAGUGGAAAACGGUUGACACUAAUGGCGGUACGCUUCUUUCGGCGGCAGUUUGCGAGCAUGGCCUUUGGGCGGUGACGUCGGCAAAUGAAGUGGUCUACAUGGGAAACGGCGAUACACAAUGGCAUCUGGUCGAAAGUCCACACAAGGCCACAUUACACGAGAUUCGUUGCUCGCGUGAUGGUCGUUAUGUGUGGGUGCUGAGCGCCUCGGAAAAGAGGGUAUGGGCGCGGAGUGCUGUGGCCGAGCUGACGCCGAUGGGGAUAAAAUGGGUUGAGGCUUCUUCCGAGCCACACCUUCUCGAGCUAGCCGUCGGCUGCAAUGUCGUCUGGGGGUUGGCCAAUGAUGGCACAUUGUACCGGCUUCGCGGGUUGGCGGCGAACAACCCGGCUGGAAACUAUUGGCGGGCGCUGCCGAUGAGGCUACGGGCAAUCUCGGUGGACGCGUCGAAUGGGUUGUGGGGUGUCGACGAGCAGGGAUCUCUCGUCCGGCAUGUGACCGACGUCUACAAGUUUGCCGACGCGCCACCGGUGGAUUUCGGCCCGCAUUCCGGCUUCGAAUUCAUU